CAGCCAUCGCCGCCGACUCCUCCAGCCACUGCAGUCGCGGUAUACGUAGAAAGUGUGACAUACAUAAGGACAUGUCUUCUGUCCCACUCCAUGCGCCUCCUCACUCCUCGUUCUUGCCGCAGUCCGUAGCAAUCCUCGCACCCCUCUCCUCGCACCCGCACAUCUCGCAAGCACACCCUACGCCGCCAUGUCCGACUCCCAGCCCACCACCGCCGUCUCGUCCGAGUGGCUUCAGGAGAAGCUCCAGACGCUCAUGAACUCGCCCUAUAUCCACUUCAACCAGCCCAAGCUCCCCGGCCUUCGCAUGGGUCACGGCCCCGUCGACCUCUUCAGCACCCGCUUCAACAACUGGUUCACCGGCGACGCGACGGGCGUCGUGGCCGGUAACCAAGUCGAUAAGGCAGGGCUUAAGGACGCGCUGCUCGCACUCCAGAAGAAGUGGAACAAUGAUAGCGCAAAGUUCACGCCGUCCGCUGGUGCCCAGGAGGGCUCGCUAGCGACUCGUGUCGAGUUCACCCCCACUGGUGCGGACCAGGCUGCGGAUGUGACAGCUUCAGCGUCAGUUCGCCAGGAAGGAGGCACUGAGCGCAUCAGCACGCUCACCCUCGACGGCGAUUCCAGUCUCUUCGCCUGAAUCAGUCGCUACGCUAUACGACGUCAUGACCACAGCGGACCCUCCUCGUCUAUGCUCUCGCCGCACCGUGAUGUUUCUUGUAUUCCACGCUUCCACGCCCUUGUAAUAUGAUGUAGGCUACCAGGUGUAUUGAUAUUGAUCCAGGCACCGACAGACAGCACCGAGGACCUUUUUCUCCAGCUUUGCCAGGGCUUGAACUCAGUUACGGAAGUCCACGAGUCCCUCAUACUUCCUCGAUCAGUCCCCGUAUGUCCCGCCUCCUAUGCUGCGUUACUUACUGCAACAGAGUCGACGUUAUUGUUGACGCUGUAUGUUGGCACCGAUGAGCAAGCAAUGGCGGUGACUUCCUGCCCUUGGGCUGAAUGCUGCGAGUGCGUACCCUUCUGUUGCUCUCGCACAGCGUACGGUGUGGCUUGUUGCAGAUCACAAUGU